AUACUGUUUUCGAAACCAAACUUCAAUAUCUUGUUUUUUCUACUACCACACCACAGCAUCUCGUAUCUGUCUGCUACGUACGUUGGUGGAACGAAAAGAUGAUGAAGGUGUGGAACUGGUACCAAAAUUGCCUUUCUGUUCAUCCAGUAAAGACCCAAGCCAUCAGUUCUGCCAUUCUCUGGGGCGUUGGAUAUCUUUCAGCUCAGUACAUCACUCAUUCAGCUGCAAAAAAACCCCUUCAACUAUCUGAUUCAGAUGCUAAAUUUACGAUAAACUGGAAUCGCUUGGUUGUUACAAGUAUGUUUGGAUUCGGUUUCGUUGGACCAGUGGGCCACUUCUGGUAUGAAGGUUUGGACAAAUUUAUAAGGUUCAAGCUUCAACUAAAGCCAAAGUCUGUGCGUUCCGUGGCCACUAAAGUGGCAAUGGAUGGCAUAAUUUUUGGUCCUCUCCAUUUGUUUGUCUUCUUUACUUACAUGGGAUUAUGUGCUGGCAAGAAUGUUGCUCAAGUGAAGGAUGACUUGAAGAGGAAUUACGUCCCGGCCCUGAUUUUAGAAGGCGGUGUGUGGCCCGUUGUCCAGGUUUUUAAUUUUUGGUAUCUUCCCGUGAAGUACCAGCUUCUCUAUGUAAACUUGUUCUGCUUGCUGGACAGUGUUUUUCUGUCAUGGUUGGAGCAACAGAAGGACACACCUUGGAAGAAAUGGUUUGCAUCAUUUCAUUCCACGAAUGAAAAAGGAGGUCGAUGUUGAUGAGGAGAUUGGUGGAAAAAGAAAAAUUGUUUGAUUAAAGCUUUUGAAUUGUUUUGCUUUUUUUGUUUUGUUUUGUAAGUUGUAAUGGGUAGAUUUGAAGAUAGAUAUUAGGUUUAAUGAACUUUUUUGUUUCUAUAGUUUCAUUAUUUGUAUUUUUUAGUCCCCAUAGUUUGAAAGUGGUUUUUUCUGUUUAUAUAAUUUACAUUUUAAUUAUCUCUUAGUUCCUGUAGUUUAA